AUGAAGAAGUUUAAAAAACAAGCAAAAACAGAAACUUACAAUGACGAUAUCGACGAUGGGUAUGAUGAGUCAAAAAAAUGGUACGAUGAGGAACCAUCAUAUCCAAAAAAUUUUCAAACUGUUACUGAACAAGUUUUAAUAGAGUUAAAAGAGGAAGCUAAGAAGUGUCAUGACUCUGAAUGUGCAAAUUUUAACAUAAAAAAUUCAAAAACAAACUCCAAUUUUCAAUGGAUUAAAACUGUAAUGAAUAAAGGUACAGUAUCAGAUAAAAUAGCAGCACAUACAGUUGCCAUACAAGAGAAUCCUGUGUCAAAUUUGGAGACAAUUAGAAAUCUUGUCAGCAUGGUUAAAGUGGGAAAAAAGAAAGAAUGUACUUCUGUUAUAGAAACCUUAAUGGAACUGUUUUUAUCUGACAUAUUAAGGCCAGAUGAGAAAUUAAAACCAUUUCAUCAGAAACCAUUGUCGUUACUUAAUGAUUUAUCCUCUGGAAAUGCAAUAACCAGAAGAAAAAUUUUAAGUCUCUGGUACUUUGAAGAUCAACUCAAAGAAAUUUAUACACAAUUUGUAUUGGCUUUAAAUACAGCAGCACAUGACUCUGUUGAUACCAAUAAAGAAAAAGCCAUAAGUGCUAUGUAUAAAUUGUUGGCUGGCAAUCCAGAGCAAGAAAAGAAUCUUCUGACGAACAUAGUGAACAAACUAGGAGAUCCAUCCCAAAAAGUAGCCUCAAAAGCCAUAUACUGCUUAACGCAACUUUUGUUUAAACACUCCAAUAUGCAAGGUGUUGUUCUAAACGAAAUCGAAAAGUUACUAUUCAGACCCAACAUUUCCAACAGGGCCCAGUACUAUAGCUUGUGUUUUUUGUCGCAAUAUUAUUUGAGCCAUGAUAGCAGUGAUGUAGCUAGGAAAUUAAUUGAGGUGUAUUUUUCGUUUUUCAAGGGAUGCAUCAAAAAGGGUGAAGUCGAUAGUAGGAUGAUGUCGGCCCUUCUGAUGGGUAUUAAUAGAGCUUACCCCUAUGCAAAACUAGAAUUUGACAAAAUUUCAGAACAUAUUGAUACCAUGUACAGAUUGGUGCAUAUGGCAAACUUUAACAUAAGUUUACAUGCCCUUACUUUGUUGUACCAAGUCAGCGAUUUUGGAAAUAAUAUUAACGAUAGGUUUUACUCGGCCCUAUACAAAAAAUUGGUAGAUCCUAAUUUGCUAACAACCACACAUCAGGCAAUGUUAUUAAGUUUAAUUUACAAAGCAUUGUUGAAAGAUAAGGAAAUUAAUCGCGUAAAGGUUUUUGUUAAAAGAAUGUUGGAUAUAUCUCUAUAUGUAAUGCCAUCAUUCACGUUUGGUAUCCUAUAUUUGGUAUCAAAUUUAAUUACAAAAAAAGAAAAUUUACAAUCCAUAAAAUUAAGUGAAUCUUCCCUAAAUGAUUUUGAUGACGAUGACGGUGAAGAAACAUACCACGAUGUGAAAGAAGAAGUAGAAAUAAAAGAAGAACCACUUGAAGAAGAAGCACCAAGGCCUAAACCAACAGACACAAAAGUAGUGAUAGAUCUUGAAGAUAACGAAAUCGAAGAAAAACCAAACAUUGAUGAACUGGAUAAAUUGAAGUCUCAUAGCUGGCAUCAUGCCAACAUAAAAUUAAAAAACCGUAAAACUUCAGAGUGUUACAAUCCCUACGCGAGAAACCCUUUAUAUGCUGGGGGGAAGUACAGCGCAUACACUGAACUUCUUCAACUUCAAAAUCAUUUUCAUCCCACUGUAGCGUUAUAUGCUUCUAAUAUUCUUAGAGGCGAUAUCAUUAGGUACGAUGGAGAUCCGCUGAAAGAUUUUACUUUGAUUAGAUUUUUGGAGAGGUUUGUCUUCAAAAAUCCAAAGAAAAUAGACCACAAGGAGGGAGUUCAUCCCACUUUCGGACAAAGAAAGUUUUACAAACCCAAGGGAGUAAGGACUUUACCUGUUAAUUCCAACAUGUAUAUCGCAGAAAAUCAAAAUAAUAUACCAGUGGACGAACUCUUUUUAUAUUCUUACUUAAAGAAAAAGUACGAAAACCGACAACUUAAAGACGACGACGAAGAUAGCGAUGCAGAAUCGGUACAAAGCGAAGAAUUCGAAGAUAUGUUGGACAAAAUGGCGGGCAUGAAAGAUCUCGAUGAAGAUAUCGAUUUUAUGGAAGAAAUUGGAGAAAAUCUAAAAGCCAAAAAACAGAAAAAGAAAAAAGGAGUUCAAAAUGGCGACGAGGACGAUGAUGAAGAACUCGAAGACGAUGAAGAAUUCAGUGAAGAUGAAGAUUUUAGUGAUGAUGAUGGAGAGGAUAAUGAAAAUGAAGCAGAAAAAGAAGAUGUGCCCGAUUUUGAUAUCGAUGAAGAUGAUGAAGAUCUUAUUGGGGAUCUUGAUGAUGAUGAUGAAGAAAUUGAGUUUGGUGACUCUGAGGAUGACAAUGAUGAUAAUGAAGAAACGUCGAAUAAGAAAAAAAUAAAGAAUGUGAAGAAAAAAGUCAAGAAACUCGAUAAAAACGAUAUAACCUCACUUUUUGCGUCGGCUGAUGAGUUUGCUUCAAUUUUGGAAGAUGAAGGGAGUUCGAAAAUUAAACCCGGCGGUUCAAAUGCUGUUUCAAAUACCGACAACGCCAAUACAAAACAAUUGGCGUGGGAAGAUAAAAGAAACCAUUGGCUGAAUGGUUAUAAUAAAGCAGUUGGUAAAAAAGGAAAAAAAUUUGGUAAGGACAAAGAAUUUGUAAAGAAUUCACAAAAAAGGACCAAUAAAAGCAUAGGAGGCAAUAAAAAGAAGAAAUUUAAAAAUUAA